GCGGCUCCACCGCCGCUCCCCUCCCGCCGGCCCCCCGCCGGGCGCGGGCUUUAAAUGCGGGACGGUGAGGCGCCUGUGGAUUUUCCUGGCGCUCAGGCAACCGCUGUCAUGGUUGAGGCAUUCUGCGCGACGUGGAAGCUGGCGGACAGCCACAAUUUUGACGAGUACAUGAAGGCGCUGGGAGUGGGGUUUGCGAUGCGGCAGGUGGGGAACGUGACCAAGCCCACGGUGAUCAUCAGCAGCGAGGGGGACAAAGUCGUGAUCAGGACUCAGAGCACUUUCAAAAACACAGAAAUCAGCUUUAAACUGGGCGAGGAAUUUGAUGAAACUACCCCCGACGACAGAAACUGCAAAUCAGUUGUGACCCUGGAUGGAGACAAGCUAGUGCAUGUACAGAAAUGGGAUGGCAAAGAGACAAACUUUGUAAGAGAAAUAAAGGAUGGCAGAAUGGUAAUGACUCUUACCUUUGGUGAUGUGGUGGCUGUUCGCCACUAUGAGAAAGCAUAGAGUUCACCUUACCAGAUGUUACAUCUAAUGGAUGGAUUAAUGUACUGUCCAUAACUGAAAGUAGCUUAAAUGUACAUUUCUGACAUGAAAGGUUAAUAAAGACUUUUUCUCUGGGGGGAGUAUUUUUUUUUUAAAGAAGCUUUUAGCCAUCAAAUUGGCAAGCUUUUGCUGUAUAUUGCAACAAGUUAAAGUUUGCAUAAAAACUCUGAAACAUUUGUGUUGGCUUUUUUUUUUUUAAUACAGUAAAUGAAAUAUAUUUGAGUUGUUUUGGAAUGGAG